AUGUUCGGAACUCCCGGUAAACACCAUUCUGUACCUAAACGGAUAACAAAUCCAGAUGAUUUCGAUAUAUCUGUGAUUCGACGGACAGUGUAUGAAGAAACUGUGCCUACUGUGGGGAAACUACUUCCAAAACUCAGGGAAACCAUAAAUUUCAAGGGAGGUAGUACCAGCCUGAAAUUGAUUUUACGGAAGAUUGGUUUUAAACGGAAGAAAACGCGAAAUAACAGGGGUGCCUUGAUCGAGAGGGACGACAUUCGGUCAAAGAGAGUAGCAUAUUUGCGUGCAAUAAAGAAGUACAGGGAGGAAGGUCGGACUAUAAUUUAUGAGGACGAGACCUUCAUUCACAGCAGUCACACCAGACCUAAAAACUGGACGGAUGACACUCCAUCAGGGUACAUGGCACCCGUAUCGAACGCGACAAAUUAUCAGAAGUGGCUAACAGAAAAACUUAUUCCGAAUUUGCCUCCAAAAUCAGUUCUUGUUGUAGAUAAUGCCCAAUAUCACAACGUGCAGUUUAAUAAGGCGCCAACCAGCCAGACCACGAAGGCCAAGAUGAUGGAGUGGCUUACAGUGAACAAUGUGCCAUUUCAUGACGGAAUGCUCAAAAUUCAGCUCUAUGACCUGAUAAAGGCACAUAAACCCCUCCACAAAAACUUUGUAAUAGACAACAUAAUGACUGCAUAUGGACACACAGUAUUACGACUUCCACCUUGUCAUCCAGACUUGAAUCCGAAUGAACUCGUUUGGGCUGAUGUUAAAAGCAGUCAGUAG